AUGGAGAGCUUCAGCUUCCAAGGUCAAACCAUUCCACCAUACGUACCGAUACCUAACAGUAUCGGUCGUAUGAGUGAGACGGCGCUGCUGCUGGCCCUCCCAGAAAUCGGCGAGGUGAUCCCAAGUAUCGAGGUGGACGACUAUAACCCACCAAUCUACAUUUCUUCGGACAGUGAGACGGAAUCCGAUGACGAAGUGGAAGUGCCGGAGGAGGACCCGUUUGUCUCCCAUGAUGGCCUAAAGACGACCUAUGUCGAGGACCCAACUCUCGUUUAUGAGAGUGAAGAAGGAUCGGACGAAUAUUUGUCUGCUGGACUGAAAGAAGAAUCAGACGAAUACCUCCCUGUUGGCAAUGAGCCAAAUCCAACUCUCCUUUACGAUGAUGAGGAAGAAUAUGGUGAAUACCUCUGGGUUGGUGAGAAUGCAACCGACGUUAAGGACUCAGGUCCCAUUUAUGACAACGAGGAAAGAUACGACGAAUACUCGUCGGGGGGCGAGAUUACAACCCCUUCAACUCUCACUUAUAAGAAUGAGGAAGAAUCCGACGGGUACUUCUAUUUUGGUCGGAAUGCAACCGACGUUAGGGACCCAGGUCCUAUUUAUGACAACGAGGAAAAUUACGACGAAUACUCGUCGGGGGACGAGAGUACAACCCCUUCAACUCUCACCUAUAAGGCUGAGGGAGAAUCCGACGGUUACUUCUAUUUUGGUCGGAAUCCAACUCAUCUUGAGGAUCCGACUCUCACUUAUGAGGAAGAGGAGUAUAACGGAUACUUCUUGAAUAACGAAAAUGCAACUUAUCUUGAGGACCCGACCCUCAUAUAUGACGAUGAGGAGUAUAACAGAUACCUCUUUAUGAAUGGCGAAAAUGCAACUUAUCUUGAGGACCCAACCCUCAUCUAUGACGAUGAGUAUAACGAAUACCUCUACAUGGGUGAUGAAUAUACAGCCUAUGUGAAGGACCCAAGUCUCACUGAUGACGAGGAGGAAGAAUCUGUCGAGUACCGUUUUGUUGGCGACGAUAAUGCAACUGACAUCAAGGACUCGACUCUCGUUUAUGACGAGGAAGAAUACAAAGAAUAUCUCCCUAUCAGUGGUGAGAAUGCAACUUAUCUUGAGGUUCCGACCCUCGUGAAGGAGGAAAAGGCCCAUGCAAAUCGAUCCACAGCAGACCAAUCUCCAAUCUUCUAUGCUCCGCCAAAGUCAGGAAGAAGAAAGAACCGAAGCUUCGAGGAAGAUGAUGAAGACUUGUACACGACUCACAACAAGAAGCGCCGAUGUGUGAAUUCCGAGUUUGGCACCCCACCUCCAAAGAUCUUCAAAGAAUGCUCUUUUGAUGAUUUUGAACCACCCAAAAUCGAAGACAAGUUUGGUCUAUCAUCCCCCCACAAGACAAUAUCGAAGGCAUCAAAUUUGCAGACCGCAUCCGCUUCUCAAAAGUCAAGCCUCAAGUACCGCUAUUCCAAAUCCGGUUCAAGCAGCUUCUCUCAUGGUUUCGAUGAUAAAUACGAUUCCGCCUCCUUCAAGAAUCUUGAUGAUGGCUCAGAGAAUGAGGAUGCCGAUGAUAUCAAGAUGAUUGAGAACCCGACUGAAGAUUACUUGAAGAAGCAUUUUGGCCGUGAGAAAGGUCGGAAGUGA